ACUAACUUUUGUAAGUAUGAAAAGUAGAAUUGAAGAAGUAGACAGUGUGUGUGCGUGAGUUCAAUAGAAAAAGGGGUUCUGCUAUUUCCUCUUUUGGUCAACAGUGCAAUUUCAAUUUCUCUCAUCAUUGAAGAUUCUCCUGUUUCGAGUUUGAAUCAUAUGGCAACCAUUCCCACAGCUGAAGAUUUGAACCUGGAAUAUGAAUCUCAAGCGAAAGAAUUAAAGGAGUUCAUGGAAUCUGGUGUUGGAGUUAAGGGCCUGGUAGACUCUGGAGUGACUAAGCUCCCAAGAUUCUUUGUCCGUCCGCUGGAGCAAUCACCGCAGCCAUCGGUGGAGGAAGACAUCCGAUUCCAGGUUCCUGUAAUUGACCUCGACGGGAUUGAGACUGGCCGCCGAGGGGAGAUAGUGAGUCAAAUUCGCGAUGCGUCUGAGAAAUGGGGAAUCUUCCAAUUGGUCAAUCAUGGAGUUCCAAUCCCAGUUAUGGACAAAAUGCUUGAUGGUAUUAGACGGUUCAACGAACAGCCCCUGGAGAUAAAGAAGGACUGGUUUUCAGAAAUUGGCGGAGCCCAACAGGUAAAUCUGUACAACCAGUUACCCCUGGCAACCUGGAGGGAUUCCUUGCCCUAUAAAUUUCCAGAUGGAAAGAUAGAUGAAGAAGUCAUUCCUCAAAUUUGCAGAGAGGCUACAAGUGAGUACACCAAAUAUGUGUUCCAACUAAAGGAGACGCUGUUAGAAUUGACAUCUGAGGCUUUGGGGCUCAAGAGUGACUACCUAGAAGGACUAAAAUGCAUGAAAACGGCUUAUGUAUUGUGCCAUUAUUAUCCGGCUUGUCCAGAACCCGAGCUGACUAUAGGUACGCGCAGCCAUACAGAUGCAUCUUUUCUGACGAUACUCCUGCAGGACAAUACCGGUGGACUCCAGGUUCUCCAUCAAAAUCAGUGGCAGGAUUUGCCUUACGUGCCUGGAUCUCUAGUUAUAAACAAUGGUGACCUUAUGCAGCUGAUUACAAAUGGCAAGUUCAAAGCUGCUAGGCACAGAGUGGUGGCCAAAAUCGUUGGUCCCAGGAUAUCAUCAGCAUUUUUCUUUCAUCCGGCAAUUGCGAUGCAGCAUACAUUGUAUGGGCCACUGGAGGAGCUUGUAUCUGAGGAAAAUCCACCUAUUUACAAGCCAACAUCUUUUUCAGAAUAUUUUGCUCUCUUCAAAUCCCGGCGUGAUAAAUAUAGCAGCAACACAUCUGGGCUUUCUGAGUUGACGCUCUCGUCCUAGCUAAUUUCUCUUAUUUUAUAUCAUGUCUAGAUCUAAAGUUUCUGUUUGGUUGAUGAAAAAAUAAUGUGCCCAGAUCUGAAGUUGACUUGUUUCAUCCGGACCAUAAUGUUGAAUAAUCAAAGGAUAUUUAAGCC